AUGAAGGCCACUUUCUUCUCCAUCUUCACCCUCGCCAUCUCGGCCAUUGCCUCUCCUGUCCCUCAGGGUGAGAACGCUGCCCGCGAUGUUGAGCAGGUCAACGGCGCCAUCCGCAACGCCGAGAACAUCGUCUCCAAGACCGGAGUCAAGCAGAUCCUCAACGAGGUCUCCGAGCCCCACAAGCGCGCUGCAAUCUCCAGCCCUCAGCAGCUCAUCACCGUUCUCCAGAGCGGUGUCUCCAACAUCAACUCCAAGACCAGCGGCCUGAGCUCCAUUGCCGACAAGGUCAAGGCCGGCGAACUCACUAAGGACGAGGGUGCCACCAAGGCUGCUCCUACCUUCGAGUCUGUGCACUUCGAGCUCACUGAGAUUGUCACCAAGCUCACCGGCGCUGCUGGUCUCGACGUUGCCGACUCUGAUGUUGACAAGGUCCUCAACCUCGUUGUUGUCCUCGUCUCUGAGGUCCUCACCGCUGUCAAGACCAUCGUCACCGUCACUGGUCUCCGACCUCAGCUCAUCUCUGUCCUCCACUCCGUCUUCCAGAUCCUUGCUAAGGUUCUCACCCUCGUCAUUGGCCUCGUCAGCGCUAUCGUUCCUGGCCUGAUUGCUGGCCUCACUCCUCUCCUUGCUGGUCUCGGAAACGGUGUCCUUGCUCCCGUCCUUACCCCCGUUGUCGCUCUCCUCGCUGGCCUCGGAGCUGGUAUCUAA